AUAUCAGAAACAUAUCAGAUUGGAGGAGGACGGAGAUGAGCCGCGCAGGCGCAGAACUGAGGAUUCUGUUUAGUCCGGGGCACGUGCAGCUGGUUCAGGAGGAGGUCGUCCCAGCUACAAAGGUCCUGGUUACUGGGGCAACGGGCCUUCUGGGUCGGGCAGUGUGCAGAGAGUUUCAGAACGGCGGCUGGUUGGUCAUUGGGACCGGAUACAGGAGAGCUAGGCCCCGCCUCCUCCGCUGUGACCUCACUGAUGAAGAAGCCGUCAGAGGACUAUUGCAUGAGUACAAGCCUGACGUGAUCGUCCACUGUGCAGCAGAGAGACGUCCAGACGUUGUGGAGAGACACACGGAGGCAGCUGUCAAUCUGAACGUGCACGCCACGAGCACGCUCGCCAGAGAGGCAGCUGUGUGUGGAGCUCUGCUCAUCUACAUCAGCACCGACUACGUGUUCGACGGCCGCAAUCCUCCGUACGGAGAAGACGACUCUCCGAAUCCUCUCAACGUCUACGGACGAAGCAAACUGGAGGGCGAGAGGGAGACACUGAGACACUGUCCAGGUACCCGUCUGAGGGACAUUGGACAGGACGACCCGGACAGCCAGCUGGGACACAGAGGCUUUACCGGGACGAACCUGUCCAACAUGGUGAUCCCCGUCUCUACAACGGAGUUGGCUUUCUCCACCCGGUCCAGGAAGAUCACCACGGUGCUGUUCAUCCUGGCCGCCGAUUUCACGCUGCUUAUUGUGACUGUGAACAUAAAACACUUAACCAAACAAAACAAGAAAAUCAAAAGAGAGAGAGAGACACCACCUGUCUGUCUGUCUGUCUGUCUGUCUGUCUGUCUGUCUGUCCUCCAGGACCCGUCCAUCAGAGGAGUCUUUCAUUUCUCGGGUAAAGAGCAGAUGACCAAGUAUGAGAUGGCCGUUGCGAUCGCUCAGGCCUUCGGUCUGCCGUCCAACCAUCUGAUACCUCUGACAGAGCAGCCAGCAGCGUCGGCUCUUCGUCCAAUCAACAGCCAGUUAAACUGUUCUCGUUUGGAGCUGCUGAACCUGAGUGUCGAGCCGCGACCUUUCAGCUCAGCCAUCGCCGACUGCCUGUGGCCGUUCACACCCGACAAACGCUGGAGACAGACUGUCUUCCACUGAGACACAGACAGGUCGAGCAACAGCCAGGUGGUCUUGAUGCACAUGUACAUUUUCCUUGUUUAACCUUGAUGCACAACGUUAAGUCAUUGUUCCCUGAGUUCCGUCUGCAGGUGUCUGCAUUGCUCAUGUUAUGAUCAAAAUAAAACUCGUCUACGUCUCGACUUUGUUCAUGUGAGCAAACUGAGAACAGCUUUGUACUUGAAUAUAAAUAUCCACUGUACACCUCACUGUGUGUUUGACUUCCACACAAAAGGUUUUAUCCUCUUUAACGUCAUCGGUCUUUGGUUUAAAUUUACUCUUUGAAACCUUUUGUUUAGUCGCAACAUAAACAGACCAAACGUAAUGAAAAUACAACAGAAAUAGAAGGUUGAGACUGAAUGAAGGUUGCCGAAUCCAAAAGAUCAUGUGAAGUAUUUGUAUUUUUCUUUUUAACCAAAUGUCAUUUGAGUGCUACGGUCCAAAAGAGUGGCAUCAUCAUUUGCCACAAAAACAACAUUAGUUUGAACUUCAAGUAGCGUCAGUGACUUCGUUUCUAAUCAGCAGGUUAAAAGUAGAUCUUUUGAAUAUAAGGAAAAUUUUGAAGGUAUGUAGCUGACAUGGUUAAGAUCCAGAGGACAAACCAGCUGUUUUCAGUACUGCAUCUGAUGUGAAGGCUGAAAAUUCAACAUGUAGAUCUGUUGUUUGGGAAUGUAAACAGCUUCACAUUAAAAAUUUGAAAAACUGAA